AGAAAGAAAAUAGAAAGUUGCAUAAUGUUUAGCGGACUAAAAUAGUAAAAGUUGCACAUAAAAAUUAACGGAGGGAGUAUAUUAAAUUAUUAAUGGGAGUGCGCUCCUUUACACUCUCUUUCAGCCAUUCCUAUUCCCACAAUUUAAUCCCCAAACUUCCAAUUCUUACAUUCGACUUGUGCAAUAUCGUGGUGCGGUAAGACACCUUCCACCUUAUUGCUUCUUACCAAUCUGAAAAAAAAAUAAAAAUUGUUUGUAACCAUUUUAUUACACCAUAACAGAGCUCUCUAUCUCUAUGACCCUAUCCAUGGCGUAAGCUGCUAAGAGUUCUAACUGUGACGUUUGUCAAUAUUAAUGUUGUGGGAUGAUGGCUCAAAUCGCUCAUUGUACCACUGGAGUUAAUUUUUUGCAAGGAGCAACAUUAUCUUCCUAUAAAUAUAGCUUUCAUGGGGUUUGCAGCAAACCCCUGGUGUUAAUUACUUAUAAUAAAGCAUGUUUAUCUCAUGGAAAAAUUGCCAAUUUUCACAGAAAUGGAGAAAUUUCAUCUUUAGGGUCCUGGGAGGUGUCAAGUAAUGCUGCAAGCAUCUCUUGUAAGGCCAAAGAUCAUGACAGGGAGAAAGGCUUUCCACCUAUACAAACUCUGCAAAGAUUCCCUAAAGAGGAGCUUUCUGCAAAAGUUGUCAUGGUCAGAUUUGAUUCUUCCAUCCUGCUUCACCAGGAUCUGGACGAAUCUGUCUCAAAAAUUUCCAAUGCACUAUUAACUAUUAAAUACAUAUAUGAAGCCGGAGCAAAGGUAGUUUUGGCUAGUAGUUGGACAGUCAAAUGCAACUCCAAGGUUUUAUCUGAAGAGACUGUUGCAGCAGAAUUCCUUUCAUCAGUGCUCAAAUUGAAGGUUCUCCCUGGUAAAUGCUUUUAUGAACAUCAGCAGCCAAAUUUCGAGCAAGUUGAGGAAGCAGAUAUCAUUCUUCUUGAAAAUCUUACAAACUACAAACAAGAACUUGCCAACAACUCAGAAUUUGCUAGGAGAUUAGCUUCUGGGAUAGAUAUUUUUGUCAACGAUUCGUUUUCAACAGCUCACAAAAUUCUUGCAUCAACUGUUGGAGUUACCCAGUUUUGUUAUGCUUGCCUAGCUGGUUUUUAUUUUGACGAGUGUUUGGCCAAAUUGAAGACAAUUCCAGAAUGUGAUCUGAGUCCCAGUGUUGCAGUGGUAGGAGGAGGAAAUAUUAAGGACAAAGUAAAAGCCUUGCGCGUUUUAGCUGCUAAAUGUGAUGGUUUGGUUUUUGUGGGGAUGAUGGCACUACAAAUCAUGCAUGUCAUGGGAAAGCCUGUUCCCUUGCAUUUGGUUGAGCAUGAAGGAGUCAAAGAGGCUCUAGAAAUAGUGAGUUAUGCUGAAAGUAGAAGCAUACAUAUGCUAUUACCAAGUGAUUUCUUAUGCAAGCAUAAUCACUUGCCGAUGCAAGAAAAAUCAUUUCUUGCUCAUAAUAUUGUGGAUGGUUGGGAACCUGUUGAUCUUGGAUCAAACUCAUUCAAUGAAAUUGCCACUUACCUUUCAAGAUGUAAGAAAAUUACAUGGAUAGGUCUUGUGAAAGUUAGACAGUCUCAUCAGAAUAGUGGUGGAGAGUGUAAAUUGGCAUGUAUUCUUGAUGAAGUAAGCCAAAAUGGCUGUCAUAUAACAAUUGUUGGGCAUACGGCUUGUGAAGCAGCUCUUCAGAUAUCUAGAUCUGCACAAACAUAUACUAUGAUUGAGCAUGCAUCUGUUGUUUGGGAAUAUCUGAAAGGAAGAAUUCUUCCAGGGGUUCUCGCGAUGGACAGAGCUUACCCAUCCGAGAUAGAGUGGAACAUGGUUUACCCUGAUCCUUCUCAACCUUUGGCUGUUGAUAUUGGAAGUGGAAAUGGAUUAUUUCUCAUGGGAAUGGCUAAUAUGCGGAAGGAUUUAAAUUUUCUUGGUCUAGAGAUUAAUGAAAAGUUGGUCAAACGCUGUCUGGAGUCUGCAGAUGAAUCAGGACUGAAGAAUUUACACUUCAUAGGAACAAAUGCUACAUCAUCGUUUCGGACCAUUGUCGCCGGUUAUCCAGGACGACUCAUUCUUGUUUCAAUUCAAUGUCCUAACCCUGAUUUCAAUGAACCUGAGCAUAGAUGGAGGAUGGUGAAGAGGUCAUUAGUUGAAGCCAUAGCCGAUGAGCUUGCUGAUGGUGGGAAGGUGUUUCUUCAGUCAGAUAUUGAAGAAGUUGCGAUGAGAAUGCGCAAGCAGUUCUUAGAUGAAGGAAAGAGUAAGCUUGUCAUUGCCUAUGAUAAGAAUAUGAUAGCAGGCCCAGGAGGAUGGCUUAAAGAAAAUCCAUUUGGAGUUCGGUCUGAUUGGGAACGACAUGUCCUUGCUCGCGGGGCUCCUAUGUAUAGAUUGAUGUUGUGUAAAAGAUAGCUGGUAAUGUAGAAAGGCAAUAAUGUUCAUUUGAUGGACAAGAAUAUGUUGGACACCUAAUAAUAUGACGCCUAAUAAUAUUAUUUUGACAUUCGAAUAACUACCAGGCACCAAUCACAGGUGAUGUUCUAAAUUUUAAUUGUUAUAAGUUUUACUUAUUGAUAAUAAAAAAUAUUAUUGGUUAAAGUUUUGCAUUGGCAUACGUAUCUAGAAAAAACAUUUCAAUUAAAAAAAAUAUGCAGGGAGUACUAAUUAUCUUACCCCAUAUUAAAACAUAAAGAUAAGAAGAUUUGAAGACCUAACCUCUUGUAACAAGGAUGACUAUGUAACCAUCUAAGCCAACUAUUAUGUUAUAAUAAGAAGAAAAAAAAAAUGUAUAUAACUGCAAACCAGGUUUAAAUACAAAAAGAAAAAAAAAGACACAUAGACAUUCCCAGGAAGCCAAAAGAUACAAAAGAAAGGACCUAUGUUUACUAAUUUGCAAUACUAUUUCAAUUUAGUGUAAAAUGACUUUAAAUUAAAUAAUCUUUGCUACAACACAAUAAUAUUCCAAGUACCAAAAAAACAUAACAAUGGCGAAAAACAAAAAAAAUAAUUUAUGACGGUUAGUUUGUUGAUUUCAGUUUUGAAAAGUCUUAAAUUUUUUUUACCAUUUCCACGACUGUAAAAGUAGCAAUUGAGGCAAUUAUCGGGCUAUUCACUAGUGGGUAUUGAAGUUGUGUAACACUAGACUAUAUUUUUUCUUACAUAUAACGGUAUAAGUCACUAACAUUAUUCAAAGUGAUUUAAAUAAAUAGUGUAAACUCAAAGAGGUGAAGCAGCAGGGGGU